CAGUAACGGGGUAGCGAACGUGUCGAAGCGAAAUAAACUGCUACCCGCAGUGCAGAAGCAUAUACUGUAGGUAAAAGCCGUACAAGCAGUAUACGAAACGAAAAAGGUUAAACUUUUUCCCACUCCGUUGUAUUUUAUUGACUACGGUUACGGUUAGAAGUGAGUUCGAAGUUUUGUGACUUUUCCAUAUUUUACGGCCCAAGGAAGAUAUAUUUCGGUACAGAUAUUCAAAAUCUGUGAUUCGUGAAGUGCGUUUACCAAUGACUAGAUAGUGUACGAGUAAGCAGUAUUGUUUUCGCAGGAAAUGCCUUCUUUCCGUGGAAAAUAAAAACGGCAAUGCAAUCGCCAUUUUUGGACGUGUUCACGCAAUCUUGUUUGGGAAAACUUCAGUGAAAAUAGCAGCGUUGGUGUGCUUUUGGUUAGAAAAAACCAUUUCUAGGUAAAUUUGGGCGACCAAGUGUACGAUUAGAUUUCAUUGCAGCGGAUUAUAAUUACAUAUACUUGAAAAUUGUGGUGAAAAUUCUAGUAAUCUAAUAAUAAAUAUUGCAUAUAAUGAUAGUGCUCUGAAGUGUUCGAAUGAUUCCCUCGUGAGAGAUAGUGAAAACAUAGUGUUCUCAGUGCAUAGUGCCGUACGUAAAUUCUUUAGAAGAUUAAGAAUCACGUAAGUUUGUAGUGACAAUGAGUCGUAAUCGCGCCAAAGCUGGCGCGACGACGUCCACAUCGAAAAAACAUCACGAGGAAUACUUUUUAACUUCCUCUGCCGCGGUCCCUUCCGCAAACAACCAUAGCCUGUUGAAAGAUUUAAAGAUUACCUCGGGUAAUAGUAACGGAUCUGGCAGCAGCAGUAGCAGCAGUUUCAACAAACACUCCUCCAGGCAUCAACAUCGUCCGUUGAAAACGGAUUAUCCGACGUACUACGAAAAUCUUAAGUUCUAUCAGCAACAAUCAUUAGAACAGAAACGCAAGGAUGCUUGUGGUUCCAUUGAACCCCCAGAUCUGAUCAACCAGAUUGUGGCAGACCAGCAACGGAAGUUACAGCAACAAGCAGCGGCCAGGAAAAAACAGCUGGAACAGCAUUCGGCUGUUAGCAGCAGCAGUGGACAUAGUCACAACACUAAGUAUCACCAGGUUCGGGAAACAGCGGCUAUAAUGGAAUCGGAAGAAUCCGAUACUGGCGCAGCCAGCGGUAACGAGAGUGGCAGCGAUGACCAUCAACAUUGUCAACAAAUUCACUCUCAUACUCAUGCUGGCAAAGGUCAACAGCAUCCUUCACAGAAAAAUGAGAAUGGUGUGGAGGAUGAAGAGGAAGAAGACGAUGAGGAAGAGGAAGUGGAAGAACAAAAGCAGAAUCAACAGGAUUCACCGAAGAAACGCAGCGAAAAAAGUGGUAGCAGCGUUAUCUACAACGGAACCAUCAUCGAUAAGGACAACCUGGAGAUGAUAAAAAUUUCUACCAUUAACACCAAAGUAAAACUCUGCGAAGAGGACAAGGUUACCAUCGAUGACUUUAAACUGCUUAAAGUACUUGGGACUGGUGCAUAUGGCAAGGUGUUUUUGGUGCGCAAGCUUGGCGGCGUUGAUCACAACAAGCUGUACGCGAUGAAGGUGCUGAAAAAGGCGACGAUAUGUCAAAAGAAAAAGACAGCAGAGCACACGAAAACCGAGCGACAGGUUUUAGAAUCGAUAAAGCGAUCACCAUUCUUGGUGACAAUGCACUAUGCCUUUCAAACAGAUUCUAAACUGCAUAUUAUCCUGGAUUACGUGAGCGGCGGUGAACUAUUUACCCAUUUAUAUAAUAAAGAGCACUUUACUGAGGAGGAGGUGAGGAUCUACAUCGCCGAGAUUAUCGUGGCUCUGGAACAGCUUCAUAAACUCGGAAUAAUCUACCGUGACAUAAAACUCGAGAACAUUCUAAUCGAUGCUGAUGGCCACAUCGUGCUAACCGACUUUGGGCUCUCGAGGGAACUGGUGUAUGAGAAUGAGCGAGCGCAUAGUUUCUGUGGUACCAUCGAGUAUAUGGCACCGGAAAUCGUGAAAUCCAACCAAAACGGACACGAUGCGUCAGUGGAUUGGUGGUCAGUCGGGGUGCUUACCUUUGAGUUGCUGACUGGCAGUUCACCAUUCAGCUCGGAUGAACCGGCAACUCAGACCGAAAUCUCAAAGAAAAUUACCAACACAGAAGCAAUCAUUCCGGAGCACCUUUCUCGUGAGGCGAAAGAUUUUAUCCGUAAACUGCUAGUCAAAGAUCCGCGCAGACGAUUAGGUGGCGGGACGGCAGACGCUUCGGAGCUCAAAUCGCACACGUUUUUCAAGUCGAUCAACUGGCGGCUGCUGGCAGAGAAAAAGGUCGCUGCUCCGUUCAAGCCGGUGAUCGAGGACGAGCUGGAUACAAACAACUUUAGUGACGAAUUCACACGACAAACACCCGUGGACACACCAGCAUCAGCGCCGCCCAAUUCGGAGCGGUUGUUCAGAGGUUAUUCGUAUGUUUCACCUAGUUUACUGUCGGGUAAAGUCGUCGAUAGAAACAAAUACAUGAGGAACAAAAAUACUCGACCGAGCGAGACUUCUAUCCGGCGGUUCGUCAGUAAGAGUUCCCCGUUUCACAAAAAGUAUGAACUCACGAGCGAACCAGCUAUCGGCGAUGGACUUUUCUCAACCUGCCUCAAGUGUCGUCGUUUAUCCACCUCUUCCAGUACUAGUAAUAGUUUCAACAGUAGUAGUAGCAGUAGUGGCAGCACCAAUAAUGGACACAAUAGCAACAAUACUAGUUGUAGUAGUACUAGCAAAUACUACGCCGUAAAAAUACUCUUCAACAAUCCGGAAACAGCUGCCUACGCCCGACAAGAAGUGGACGCCCUCAAAGCCUGCCAAGGCCACGCAAAUGUGGUCAGAUUUGUAGAAACACUAAAGGACUCGCAUCACGUGUAUAUUGUGCUCGAGUUGCUGGAAGGAAACGAGUUGUUAAAUCGGAUAAACCAGAGCAAAAGUUUUACUGAAAGCCAAGCGCGGCACUAUUUUCGCCAGAUGGUGCAAGCGGUUGCUUUCAUGCACCACAAAGGCAUUGCCCACUGUGAUCUCAAACCGGAGAAUAUGCUUUUUGAGGCACCGAAUUCCGAACAUCUAAAACUGAUAGAUUUUGGUUUUGCCAAAAGUAUAGAGAAUAACAAUUGCUUGCUAUCGUCGCCGAGUGUCACUGCAGGAACGUUCGGUUACUCCGCGCCGGAGGUAUUCGAGGGUCGAUCAUAUGCGCUAGAGUCGAGUGAUUUGUGGUCUCUUGGAGUGAUAUUGUACACGAUGCUUUGCGGACAGGCUCCGUUUACGCCGCGGCAGUUCUUCGGUCACGCGAAUCUUGCAUCAUCCGCCAAGCAGAUGGAAAUCAUUAUGGACAAGAUUCGUCGAGGUUCGUUCGAUCUGGCGUCCUCGGCUUGGGUGUGUGUAAGCGAAGAGGCCAAAGACUUAGUGAAGCGUUUACUGACAGUCGAUCCGGAUCGGCGGAUAACGAUGGAACAACUCCUAGUGCACGAAUGGCUUGAUCUCAAUCGAACGGCCGGUGUGCGGAGACAGCUAAAGUUGGUUUAUCCACAGCAGAGUUUACGAAGAUUAGAGCAAAAUGUGCGAAACACGUACGACGCAUUUAAACGAGCCCAUGAGGAAGGUUUCCGACUCCGAGAGGUUAGUAGACCGAACAAUACCAACCAGCGGCGUUCGAAUGGAACCAAAUCGAAGAAGUCAACCGAAAGCCAGUAUAGCAGUUCGAUGGAGGAAAGUACUUCCAGUGGUAUUGGACGCAGCAAAUCCAGCAAGAGUAGUUCCAUAUCGGAUCAUAACCACCGGACGGCUAGUGUAUCCACUAACAAUUCGGAAGUCGUCAUCAUAGAUGAAGACGUGGAAAGUGAUCACGUUGAACAGGACGUUGACCUUGAGGAAGAGGAAGAGGAAAAGCAAAAUAACGAAAUAAAUCAGGAAAGUGCCGCGGAGAGUAAUAACAAUCGUGUUGAAAAGCUCGAAACCGAAGCUACCAAUGAGGAACAGGAAGAGGAAGAUGAAGAAGAGGUGGAAGAGGAGGAGGAGGAAGAGCAAAAUGGGGAAGUAGAUGAAUUUUUAGUCGAUCAGAUUCUGCAGGAUGUUGAGGAUAUAGUCGACGAGGAGGAGGCCAAGCAAGCGCAAUUGGAACCUUCGAAUCAGUUGCGAAGAAAUGAUUCGUGCAGUAGUGAAAGCAGUAGCACUACAGUUCCUUUCGUUCUCGAUGAGCCUACGGUUAUACGACAGGCAGAGAACCAUGCUUCGGAGGAAAUGGACGUGACGUCAAGUGAAGAUUCAUACGUUCAUCUUAUGUCGUCCUGUUCGGAAGAAUCCCUAGUCGCCGGUCUACGCGCAUCAAUAGAUGCCGAAACAAUCGAAAUUGGAUUCGACCAGGACGAUAUCUACUAUUUCUGUGGGUUUGAAGAAUCCGAGCAGCUUCAUCCACAACCUCCGGAAAUCAGUAUAAGUUUGGCCAUCAGUUCAGUUGAAAACGUACGGAAGCGAAGGAUCGAUGAGGAUAGCUCGCACCGGCGGCCCAAACGGAUGCGACCGGCCGUCAGCUAUGUUUACUAGGUAUUCUGUUUUAUAAGCUAACGUUUUAUAAUGUCCAACCUUCUCUCGGACUCUAUUGAUUUUUAUAUACAUAUUUAUGUAGCAUUAAACAUGGACUUUUAUUGUUUCGUUCAAUUUUUGAAUGCUCAUCUCUUGAAGCAAAGAGAAAUCAACAAGACAAAAUUAUGCCGUUAAGUGCACUUAUUAGACUUGUUAUAUAAAAUAUACAUACAUUCACACUGUGCACGCGUAGUCAAACAAGAGAGGAUAAAUUCCAAAUUGUUUAGUGAACAAUGCACCAAUUUUAUCCCCUCGCAGCAACGUAUAAUAGAAUAAUGCAAAGGAACGUAAAGUGGAAUGGCAUGUUUUUGAAUGUAUGACAAUCGGUGAGCGCCUUUCUGAUCUUCUUGAUUGUACAGAGUUGUCCGUUUCGACAUACCUAGUUCUGUUAUAGAAAGAAGUAUUUCAUUUUGUUUCUAUUUUAGAAAUGCGGAACACAAAUUGACAGUGACUGUUUUUCUGAAACUUUGCUAUUCCAGUUUAGGCGAACCAAGUUACUGGCAGGAAGAUACUGGAAUAGUUUAAAACUUUGUUUUCUUUUUAAUUCAACCAAUUUGUUUAUCAAAAGCAUAAUCUCUGGUAAACCAUCUCUUGUACUAACCCCUAUUUCUUCCAACUAAGGUUCAAGUAGUCAUUAUUGAAUUUUGGAUUUUAAAAGUAGUCUUCAUCUUUUAGUAAAAGUAGAUCUUACUCAAAAGAGAUUGGGGUAACGAAUGAAUAGAAAAACAGACAGAAAGAAGAUAGUGAAUUCAUUUUCAUGAAUAGAAUUAUCGUUUUGAGAAUAAAAAUUGCUUCUAAAAUCCAAAGAAUCACUCUGGAUUGCUUGACCCUUAAACUACCAAUUCACGUCGCGUCGAAAAAUUAUAACGACACAGAAAUUGUAAUAGGUACCGAUGAAAUAUCAUCGUAUGCGCUAAUUUUAACGAUGUUUUAAGAGAGUCGCACGGAACACAUUCAUUAAAACAAUUAAUAAAUAGCCUUCCGAAAGGAAUAUGCCUUAAACCAUAUCAACCGAGUAGACAAAGAGAAAAAUUUUGUUCAAACGUAAAGCGACAGCAAAUCAUUGUGAUUCGUGAUUGUUGCUACGCUAGGAUCUGGAAUGUGGCUUGCAGCGUAGCUCAAGGAGAACCUUAGGAGUUGAACAAAACAAAAAAAAGUCGAAAAACAAGUGUGAACAAAUAGCAGGUGACCUUCGUGUGCGUUAACCGUUUUAAUUAAACCAACAAAGUUAACGGUUUUUAUUAAGUCAUGUUCUAAUGCAAUAAACAUUUGAACAAAACCAUUGUGCAAAGAAAACGCCAACCUAAUAAACUGUGUAUUCCAUUAGCGCCGUGUGACCAAUUUAACCUGAAAAAGUAACGCGAAUUUUUGAUGCAAGAUUGCGCGAUGGAAUGUCCUAAAAAUUAUGUCAAAAACAAAAAAAAGCGAAAUCGAAUGUUUGUGUGUUUGUUUCGCAACGGGUAACAGUGGAAUGAUCGUGUAAAAUAGUAGCGAAGCCGAUUUGGCGGAUUUAUCUCAUAACAAAUAGGAGUGUUUAGUAUAAGAAUAAUCAACACUACAAAAUAAACUGGUAGAAAUUAGUUUAGCGCGAGUUAAACGCUAAACGAUAUUGAAAAAACAAUAAACUUUAUAAAUCUUGAACAUAAAAUCAUUCGUAAUACCACUCACAUAUUAUAUAUAUAUAUACAUAAAUAUUAGAGAGUAAAGGUAAAUUAUUAGCUAGUUAGUUCAAUUGAGUAAAGUGACCAGACAACAAGCGACAAAACUAGUGCUAAGUACUAGGCUAAGGUAGUCAAGAGGUAAAGCGAUUGAUUUGUACUAUUAGCGUUGAGUAAAAAAAUACACUGACUAUUAUCAUCGUGUAAUCAUUUUAGCCGUAUUCCACAGUUAAAUCCGCCGAGCAUAUAUAAGAAUUGAGGUGUAGGUCACCAGGCAGAAAAAAAUAUAAUUUAAAUAUAUCAAGAAACCAAGUAUCUGUAGGCAUUGUGGAGUGGAACAUUAAGGAAAUUUGUGUAGAUCAGUCUAGUAUCGUUUACUGUAGCAACUAAAGUAAAUUAAUUGAACAAAUGUUUUAGUUGAAUGGAAUUGUUUAUUCUUGCUUAGUUUUAAUAUGCACUCGUAUGUUUUUCUCUGUUUUCGAUUAUUGAAACUAGCAACAAGUAGCAAUUUAGGACAAGAGUAUAAACAAUGGAAAAUAAAAAA